AUGUUCAGUGUUUGAAAGACAACGCGUUCGACAACACGAAUUUAGCGGAGCGAAAAAUCAAAGAAAUUUACUGAGUUAAAAUUUCAAAAUAUCCUAACUCUUUUUUUCCGACAAAUUCUCUAUCUCUCUAACUACUUAUCCCACUAUCUGGUUACCAAACAAGUAGUUCACUAUAGAGCCAAUGUGAUUAUCCGUUUUAAGUACAGCUUUUGUGGUUUUCAAUUCCCUUAAACUGUGUUAAUUCAAAUGUAACGGAUACGACUAACAGUAUGAUGCAAUAGAAUAGCAACAAAAUACAAAAAAGUGUAAAUUAUUGCAAAUAAAUUAACUUAAACAAGUGAUUCACCGCCUUUGAGUAAUAUUGAGAUUGAAAAAAUUGUGAGUUUUCAAAAUAACAAAUACAAAUUUCAUAACGAAAGUUUCUGCAUUUGGCAACGAAAUACAUGCGGUGUGAAAACAAACACGAUGAAAAAUUCACAGAGACCAACAAUAAAAUAAUUUGAGCGCCAUUGCUUAAUGACCGUCCAGUUCAAGCAAAAGAAGAUACAUUGAAAUGAAAACAAAUAAUUAGUGAAGAAAAUAAAAAUAAAAUAAAAACAGCAAAACAAAGAAAAAGAGCGCGCAAAAAAGAGCAACAACGAAUUGCUUGCGAAAAGGCAGCAAAGAAAAUUUCUUACUGCUAAAAGUAUUGAUCUCAACAAUAAAUCUGCUAUAUAUAUAUGUAAUAGUGGAAAAGAAAAAGUGCUUUCAACAACAAACAACGGGCUUAUUUGCAGUAGAAGGUGUGUGUGUAUGCGUGUGUGUUUUGUAGCAAACAAACAACCAAAGCAGCGCAAAACGCUCAAUGUGAGUCAUAGCUUUUUGCUCUUCAUUCUACCUGCACCUCUAUCCAAUUGAAUUCCAGCACAUCCACACCCCUGGCUACCCAACGCCUCCACUUUGCGAUUAUUCAGUUUCUCUCGAACAACUUUGCCGGCUACAUAGUACGCCGUACACCACUAUUCGUCAUCUAAACUAACUAAUUAUCCACGCAGCCGACCGACCACGUCGAUUUGCAAAUACACAAUCGAAAUGGAUCAUAGAGCUAUUGCCAGUCAAGUGCGAGAUUUGCGAACUGCAUUCGAUCUCUUAGAUAGAAAUCGUGAUGGUCGCGUCACAGCGAAUGAACUGCAAUUUAUGUUAAAAAAUCUUGGCAUAAAUGUGCGAGACGAAAUCAUACACGAUCUUAUACGCGAAGCGAGUCAUUCUGGAAAUGGUUUAAUAAACGAGGCUGAAUUCCUGCAAUGGGUUGGGCGCAUACAGGCGUUACGUGAUGAACAACAACAGCAGCAACAGCAACAAGAAGAGAAUGCAAGCAAACCAGAGGAAAAUGAUGAUGUCACCGAAGAUUUAAUCGCCGCAUUUAGGGUAUUUGAUCGUGAUGGCAAUGGUUUUAUUACCCGCGAUGAGCUGCAAACCGCCAUGGAAAUGAUUGGUGAACCCCUCUCCGAAGUACAACUGACACAGUUAUUGGCCAUAGCCGAUUUGGAUCAAGACGGCCGAAUUAAUUACGAAGAAUUUACGAGACUUUUACUUUAAAGUGCUGAAAAACACCCCCCGCAACUGAGCAUAUUUACAAAAGGCCAUGAGGUAACAGCAAACAAACAAACAACAACAAUACAAAAUCAACAAUAAAAAUUUUCAAUCACCAGUAAAUACAACAAUGCAGCCUACUCAACCAACUAAUAAUAACCUGGAAAAAUGUUAAAGAUGAAAUUACGCUUGAACACAGUUUUAAAAACACAUACUAAUAUUAUACACACAUACAUACAUAUAUAUUUUGUAUGUUUGCGAAACGUAGCAGCGGCUGGAGGGCGAAUUCACCACAGAAGUGUUGUAGUAAAUUGCUGUCGGGAAAAAAAUGUCACAAAAGAUAAUUUUUUUAGUUAGUAGAUUGUUAAUUUUAAUUAAUAAAUUUAUUUUUAAUGUAGUUACACACAAUAAAUUAAUAAUUUACACAAUAAAAACACCACGCAUACAUACAUGCAUGCCUAUAGUUAGUUUUAAGUUUAAGUUUUAGUGAUGAACAAACAAAUGAGAUGAAAAUUUAAAUAUAUUUGCAGCGCUUUGUUAGAAA